AUGUCUCUCCCACGAUACCAAACAAACACACCCCUACACUCUUCCUUUGAGAAGGAUAUUCUCGACACCCAUCUCAUCUAUGACUAUGACGCCACAGACGCAGAGGGAAACCCAGAGAAAUGGCGCUACGAAAUGUGGUUUUUCUCCAAGGAUCGCAUCGUCUAUGCCAUCCACGGCGGGCCCAUGGCCGGCCGCACCAACUACCAAACUGUGGCAUACCAGUGCAUUCGCCCCGGGGAGCUAUGGCAAAUCAACUGGCUCGAGGAGACUGGAACCAUUGUCUCUGCGGUCUACGAUAUAACCAACAAAACCAUGAAUAGUGUUUUGGCUUUUUCCAAGGGCCAUUGGGAGCAUGCGGAGGAGGCUCAUGGUGACAAGAGGAACCCGAAAGAUUUCAACAGAUGGAGGGAGCUUGCCAGUAUUGGCAAGCAGACUGAUCGCUUUAUCCUUACGGAGCAGGCUGAUGUCCUUGAGGUGUUUAAGGGCAAGGGAGACUUAGUCCCUAUUGCGGAGGAGGAUGCCACAUUUUAA